AUGUCUGGCCUACCCGAGCAAGCACGGACUGCCAUGUCCUUGUUCACCCAAGCCAUAUCGUCUAUGCCGUCCCCUGAGGCGCAAAGAGCAUUUGCGCCAAUGCUGGAGUCCUACUUCAGGUCAACAACAGAGGCAGAUGCCGCAAUCCUGCGUGGCUGGCUCUUCAGUGAGGUUGAAGAUAUGACGUCUUUCCUGGAGGUCUUCCCUCAGUUUGCCAGCCCAGUUUCCACACCCAUCGUCCCCUCGCGUGCUUUGCCUAGUCCUCCUCCUGAGGCACUGGUCAUCUCUCGUGAAGGGUCUCCAACUGUGGUCAAGAACCUUUUGCUGGUUUCCCCGGGCGUCGAAGCUUCCAUUGGCUGCACACCUGUUCAGGAGCCUUUGCUGUUUGGCUCACCGCACCCCUCCUCUGUCACUCUUCCACCCCCUCUGCGCACUCCUCUGUUCCUGGCAACUCCCUCUUCGGUUGCGGAGCCCCCAGUUCACACCCCUCGCCCUUCUCCGGUACCGUCUCGUGCCACUGAUUCCUCGAGGUCUCCCUCUCCUAGAAUCGUGGGGCCCUCCAAGCACAAACACAUCUUGGUCAAGUCCAACGAGGGUGACAAGGCAGAGGGUGACACAGUGGAUUCCAAAGAUGCUGCCUCAGUUGGAGACAACAAUGACACUCCCCCGGCUGCCACCUCCCUUGUCAACAACUGGGUCCCUUUUUCGGCUGCUGAGACCACGGCCCUUCUUUGCUCCUGGCUUGAGAAUCCCUCAGUUUUCAGGGUGUUCACCAACAAGAUGAAGCUUACAGCAGGAUAA